ACGGAUCUUAGAGUCCAUUGUGCUCUCAGUGGCUUGCAAGUGUUCGCUGAAUUAAAUGAUUCACAUGAAUUGACACAUUUCACACAACCACAUUUUUGUAAAAACGGGUGACUAGCACUCACAAAAAACAUGCAGAAAAGUAAGCAUGCUAAGCUCCUGAGGCAUCAUCUGACACUGUCAAUCAUUACGUUUUUCCUUUUCACAAACUGGAGAAGCACUUCGCCCCUGGAUUUCAUGGUUGAGUUGUGUCAAGAUCAUUAAAUAUCAACGACGUAUCAUUGGUACACAGAACCAGACAGACAGACAGAGAGACAGACAGUGAAGCACUGAAGAGAGGUCUUUGACCAAAUACUUUUACUACCACCAUGACAAAGGGCACCAGUAUUUUUAGGAUUUCAACCUAAGAAAGCUUUGGAGAAACACCAAAGUACAAUGAGAGACUAUGAUGAAGUUACAUCAUUUUUGGGCUAUUGGGGGCCUUUUCAGAGACUAAUUUAUGUCCUCCUGAGCCUCAGUAGCAUUCCCAAUGGAUAUGUGGGAAUGGCAAUGGUUUUCCUGGCGGAUAUUCCUCCUCACCACUGCAGGCUUCCAUUCCUGAACAGUAGCUAUGGAGGACUGGGAUACAAUCUGUCCAUCCCGACUGAGGAAGUGAAAGGAGAGAUCAUCCUGAGUCACUGCAGUCGCUACACUGACCAAAACACAGAGGGCUGUCUGGAUGGCUGGGUGUUCAGCAAGGAGAGAUACGUGUCCACCAUUGUAACUGAGUGGAAUCUGGUGUGUGAGGACGCUUGGAAAACUCCCUUUACCAUAACUGUGUUCUUCUUGGGAGUGCUGACUGGGUCCUUUCUCUCAGGAAUCAUAUCUGACAGGUAUGGAAGGAAGCUCAUCUUCUUUGGCACCAUGGCAGUGCAGACUGUCUUCAGUAUCAUCCAGGCUGCCUCCAACAGCUGGGAAAUGUUCUCUGUGCUUUACUUCAUCGUUGGAAUGGGACAAAUAGCCAAUUACUGCGCAGCUUUCAUUCUAGGAUGUGAGCUUCUGAAUAAGUCAUGUCGAAUAAGUUAUGCUACUCUGGGCGUUACCCUGUCAUACGCUUUCGGCUACAUGUGCCUUCCACUCUUUGCCUACUUCAUCCGGGACUGGAGAAUGCUUCUUUUAACCUUGUCCGUUCCAGGAUUCCUGUACAUACCUUUGUGGUGGUACAUACCAGAGUCUCCUCGCUGGCUACUGUCUCAGGGUCGAGUGGAAGAGGCUGAGGCCAUCAUUCGAGCUGCUGCCAAGAAGAAUGGCAUCACUCCUCCUGAUAUACUCACCACCCCUCACCAUAUACUCCCCAUAUACUCCCCAUAUACUCCCCAUAUACUCACCAUAUACUCACCAUAUACUCACCAUAUACUCACCACCCCUCCCCAUAUACUCACCAUAUACUCACCAAUCCUCCCCAUAAUCUUAUUUUACAGGAUAACAGUGGCUUUGACAUACUAUGGGCUGUCCUUAAACACUCCAAAUAUGGAUGGGGAUCCUUACCUGAACUGCGUCAUAGCCGCCAGCAGUGAGGUGGUUGGCUACAGCGCCAUGUGGUUUGCCGCGCGCUACGCUCCUCGCCGCUUCACUCUGCCGUUCUCUCUCAUCGCCUGUGGCGUUCUGCUGCUGAUCAUCAAAUUUGUUCCUGAAGAGCUCAAUGCCUUGACUAUCGCUCUGGCGAUGACAGGAAAGCUCUGUGUCACAGGGGCCUUUGCCUUUCUGUACCUCUACUGCACGGAGCUCUUCCCCACUGUGGUGCGGAACAUGGGCCUGGGUGUCACCUCCAUGGCAUCUCGGCUUGGCAGCACAGUCUCUCCUUAUGUAGCCUAUAUCGGAACGUAUAACAAGGUAUUACCCUAUAUUCUUAUGGGUGUCAUCAGCAUCAUUAGCGGUGUUCUAAGUAUAAUGCUACCAGAAACCAAAGAUGAGGAGCUUCCUGAACUUAUUAGUCAGGUCAAACCUGUCCAUUGGUUUUGCCGAAAACAAAAACUGGUGAAGAAAACAAGCCAAAAGGAAAAUAUACAAGUUGGGAUUGGAUUGGAGAAGUCCCACGGCUAGCAG